AAAGACUAUAGAUGUGCAGCGGCUCAGCUGUGACUUUGUUUUUGAAAUUUAUUUUUGUUGACGAAAUAGAGCAAAAUAGAGUGUUCCUAAAAUGGAAAUGAGGCAGCAGAAGAUCGACUGAAAGAUAUUUGAACAGGAAAGGAGGAGGACUUUGGACACCUUGGCCAAGUUAAUGAGAUGACCUCAUAUCCAUAUUAUAAAAGACUGAGUUGAUAGUUGCUUCAAGUUCUGGUCCCACCGAACACUAGAAGCCCAAAGAACUUGAGCAAGAACAUACAACUAGGACUGAAGAUUCCUCUGUGAAGUGAAUCAUUGAAGGACAAUGGCAUCUGUUAAAGAGCUGCUUGUAAACACACUGAAGGAACUGGUAAAAGAUGAUCUGAAGGAGUUUCAGUGGCACUUGAAGAAUUAUGAGUGUGUUUCAGCUUCUGAAAUGGAGAAUGCAGAUAUCUUAGACACAGUGGAUACAAUGGUGGCAUAUUUUGGACCAAACGAAGCUGUGAAGAUCACAAUGAACAUCCUGAAGAAGAUGAACCAGAACCUUCUGGUUGAAGAGUUAGAGAACGAAAACAAGCAAGUUCAGGAUCAGGGCGAUGUAGAUGCUUCAACCACCAUCGGAGCUGCUUCAGAACAGAUCUGGGGCUCAACUGCAGAGGACAGUAAAGCUGGUAUUCCUGAUUACAGAGAGAUCAGCCUCAGACUGAAGAACAUAUUACAAGAGUACUAUAAUCGGAUAUUGAUUGGUAAUUCACAAACGGGUCAUCAGAAAUAUCUGAAUGAUAUUUACACUGAUCUAUACGUGGUGGAGAAUGAGACUGGAGGAAUAGUGAGUGACCAUGAGGUGAGACGGAUUGAAUUGAACAUCCACCAAAUUACUGUGAUGGACACCACAAUCUUGUGCAAUGAUCUGUUCAAAGUCCAGUAUGAUACUGGUCGACGAAACAAAAAAGUGCUAACGAUGGGGAUCGCCGGGGUGGGAAAAACUGUCUCUGUCAAUAAGUUCAUUCUUGACUGGGCUGACGGAAAAGAAAAUCAGGACUUACUCUUCAUAUUUCCACUCCCAUUCCGUAGACUGAAUAUGAUUACAAAGGACUGCAGUCUCAUGGAACUGCUUCACGAAUGCUUCUUUAGUGGUCCUGAAGAACUGCCCUUACUUCCUGAGGAUGACUGUAAGGUCAUGUUCAUUUUUGAUGGGCUGGAUGAAUGUCGCUUCCCUUUGAGAUUUCAUGAUAGUGAUAGAUUAACAGAUGUGCAUGAAAAAACAACAGUGAGUAAGAUAGUUACAAACUUGAUCAAAAGACAUCUGGUUUCCUCUGCUCUCAUCUGGAUCACGUCUAGACCAGCAGCAGCCGGUCUGAUACCCCGAGAAUACAUUGAUCAGGUGACAGAAGUGCGUGGAUUCAACGAUGAGCAAAAAGAGCAAUACUUCAUCAAAAACAGUAGUCCUGAGGUUGCUGGAAACAUCAUCCGUCACAUCAAGAAAUCCAGGAGUCUGUACAUCAUGUGCCACAUCCCUGUUUUCUGCUGGAUCUCUCUCACUGUUCUUCAGCCACUGCUGGCUCGAGAGAGCAAUGACAAAACUCCUACAACUCUCACAGAGAUAUACACAAGCUUCUUGCUUUCUCAGAAGCAGCAGAUGGAAAAAAAAUACAGUGAUAAUCCUGAACUUAAGUUCGAAGCCAGGUGCUUUGAUCAGAUUGUUCUAAAGCUUGGGAAACUGGCCUUUAAACAGCUGGAGAAAGGAAAUCUAAUUUUCUACAAGGAAGAUCUUGAGGAGUGUGGACUAGAUGUCAGUGAAGGGUCAGUGUACUCUGGAUUAUGCACUCAGAUCUUUCAGACGGAAAAGGCUUUUUCAGCCAGAAACAUUUACAGCUUUGUACAUCUCAGUGUCCAGGAGUUCCUUGCUGCUCUCUAUGUGUUUCUGAUUUACAAAGAUGAGAAAUCAAACCUAUUUUUUCAAACCUGGAAAAAGACACUAUCAUGGAAACUGUCUAAUAGGCAGCUGUUUCAUCUUCUGAAGUCUGCAGUCAACAAGGCUUUACAAAGUGAGAAUGGACACCUGGACCUUUUCCUCCGGUUUCUCUUGGGUCUCUCACUGGAGUCCAAUCAGAAUGAUUUGAAGGAACUGCUGCCAGAAGUGGAACUGAAAACCGUGAAUAUUAAAGACACUGUUGACUACAUCAAACAGACAAUAGAGAAGGAGAAAUCAGUGGAGAGGACAAUCAACUUGUUCUUCUGUCUAAGUGAACUGAAAUAUGACUUUGUCAGGGAUAUCCAGAAGAAUCUGAGCUCUGGAAAUCUUUCAGCACAGAAUCUCUCCUCUGCUCAAUGGUCAGCUCUGGUGUAUGUGCUGCUGAUGUCAGAAGUGACUCAAGAUAAGUUGGAACUGCAAAAAUACAGAAGAUCUGAAGAAGCACUGAUGAGAAUGUUGCCAGUGAUCAAAAACACAAGAAGGGCACUGCUACAGUCCUGUAAUCUCACAGUUGAGUGUUGUGAGAGUUUGUCAUCAGUGCUACAAUCCUCCAUCCUGAGAGAGCUGGAUCUGACUAACAAUGACCUGCAGGAUUCAGGAGUGAAUCUGCUCUCUGAUGGACUGAAGAGUCCAAACUGCCAGCUGGAGAUACUGAGGUUGUCAGGCUGUAUGGUGACAGAGAAAGGCUGUGGUUAUUUGUGUUCAGCUCUGAGUUCAAACCCCUCACACCUGAGAGAGCUGGAUCUGAGCUACAAUCACCCAGGACAAUCAGGAGUCCAGCUGCUCAACCACAAACUGGAGGAUCCAAACUACAAACUGCAUAUACUCAAUGUGGAUCAUGGAGGAGCGAUCAGAAUGUCAGCAGGACUACGAAAAUGGGCCUGUGACCUCACACUGGAUCCAAACACAACACAUACUCGUCUCAUUCUGUCUGAUGAGAACAGGAAGAUCACACUUGUGUAUGAGCAUCAGCCGUAUCCUGAUCAUCCAGAGAGAUUUGAGCUUUGUGACCAGGUUCUGUGUCGAGAGAGUCUUACUGAGCGCCAUUACUGGGAGGCUGAAUGGAGUGGGAGGUUUGCUAUUAUAGCAGUGUCAUAUAAAGGAAUCAGCAGGAAAGAACGUAAAGGUUGUUGGUUUGGAUACAAUGACAAAUCCUGGAGUCUCUGGUACUUUGAUAACAGAUUCACUGUCCGUCACAAUAAUAAGAAAACUGACAUAACUGUUGCUUCAUUCUCUACAAGAGUAGGAGUGUAUGUGGAUGUGAUGGCCGGCACUCUGUCCUUCUACAGCGUCUCUGAUACACACACACACACACACUUACACACAUUCAACACCACACUCACUGAACCCCUCUAUGCUGGAUUUGGGGUUCAUUAUGAUUCUUCACUGUCUCUGUGUCAGAUUUGAGUACACAAAUAAAAAAAAAUAAAAUAAAAAAAAUAGAUUUAGGACACGUUUUACAGUUGCUGGGACUAUAUAGGAUAACAAUAGGCUAUCAUUGAGCAGUUUUUGCGGUGUGUUCUGCAUUGUUGGCACUAGUUGGACCUUGUUGGUGGCUUUUUGAGUGUUGAAUCCGCAUUGGGCAGUUGGUGCGAGAGAUCAUUCUGAUUGGCUGAUCAGCUCAGAGAAUCAGUUCAUGAGAAGAAAAACAAACAAACAAGGAAGUAAAGAGGUUGCACACAUCUUACCGGCUGUCUGGAAUGAAGAAAGUGAUCAUGUUCCAUUGACACACAUCUGAUAUUUUCUUAAAUGUUUGUAUUAUUUUGACAUAAUUUUAUAUACAGUAUAUUUGUCCGUUCAAGCAUAAGAAGAUGAAAGAGAAAACUUGUUUCAGUGUUUGCAAUUACCCAAAUUAUUUUGCAUUAUCUUGAAUCUGAAUGCUUUAAAAUUGAAAGCUUGACUUGAAAGUUUAAACUGGCAAGGCUUAAAAUUACGUGCAAAUUAUAAACUUUCGUGAUGAUGCAGCAGUGUCAGGCCAGUGACAAAUCCAUCAACUGUCCAGAGCAUCUUUCAUGCUGACCCCGGGCCAUGAGGCAGUCCUUAUUAUCAAUCCCUGCUGUUAGUUGAUGUGAUGCUGUACAUAAAGCCAUAAAACAGUGAACUCAUGGGAAGAGUUAAAAUAUAUCAGUCUCACACAUCCAAGAUGAGUUCUGCUUUCUGAUCAUCAUGCUUUAAUAGUAGCAGUUACAUGUUUCACAUAUCUUGCAAGAGUAACUCUAUUCAAAAUUCCUGUCUCAAGCAAAAAUUACUUCAUACUUUCCAUUUAUAUCCUUAUCUUUUUUUUGUGGUUUCUUUCUAAAUCUAUUUGUGUCUGCUGGGACUUAAUCUGUUCAUAAAACCAUAAAAAGCAAUGUGACCAAGACCUGAUAACUGCAUAAUCCACACAUGUGGACAGUAUAAAAAAUAAUAAAAUAAAAAUACAAAAGUAGUAAUAAAAAUAAAGUUCCAAUGAUUUUGUUUAAUUUAACAUCAACAAAAAGGCAAACUCUUUAAAAAAAGAGUUCCUUUAGCAGGAACGGCCAAAAUGUGGCCCAUUUUUGAAAGACUUUUUAAAGGGUUAAAAGGAUGUCCAUUAACUUCAGGAAACACCUUCAGUAGUUUAGUAGGUAUGGAGUUUAAAAUUCAUGUUUAUUUCACAGAUUUAACAAGUUUAAAGAAUUCUUUCCUAUUCCUAGUUUUCACAUGACCUCAC